AUGCUUACGAGACUCGUGAGAGAGCAUAACCAAAAACAACAAGCUGUAAGACGUAAUAAUGAACAACUUCGGAAAGAAGUUCUGCAAUCUGUCGGAGAAGUGACCGACUGUCUAGCAGAAAACUUGAACGAAAGGCACGUGCGAAUUAUUUCUUUAUUAGAUAAACACUCGUGUUCAAAGAAAAAGGUGAUAGGGGUUGCAUCAAUCUUCAAAACACAACGUGAAAUCGAAUCCGAAGCCCGGCGUCUUUCCGCGCAAUCUGCUAAAUACACAAAGCAAACAAAACAGUGGUUAAACAUGUUGGAUGGUUUCAAUUCCGCGUUGAAGGAAUUAGGCGAUGUACAAAAUUGGGCUGAAGUAAUAGAAAAAGACAUGAGAGAGAUAGCAAUGGUUCUGGAAUUUGUUCAUAAAGGAACAAUGGAUGGUGAAUCUAUUGACAUCACCAAGCAGUAG